AAUAGAAACAAAAUGAAACUCCGAUCUUCUGUAUUCACAAUUCUUACUGUCGUGUUAGCCUGUUGUCCAGGAUGGAGUAGUGCACUCUUUUGGAAGUCCUGGAAAUCUGGCAGGGGACAUAGUGGAACUCCGAGCUAUGGAAGCGACUAUUAUGGGAGCUAUGGAUAUGGAAACCCAAGCUACGAAAGUUACGGCUACGGAAACCCAAGCUCGGGCUAUGGAAACUACGGUUAUAACCACUAUGCCGGAGGUUAUGGAUACAACUACCCAUCUUAUUCAUCCUAUCACUAUCCUAAGAAGGGAAGGAGGACUUCAGGUCAGCGGCAAGGACGUACUUACUCCCAAAUAGCCAGAGUCCUUAAGCCAGAUGGCUUUGUGGGUCUUGGAGGCUCCAAAUUUCUACCUCACACUAAAUUUUCCCCCCUGUGGGGUUGAGUUUCCCAUAAUUAUCUUAAGUUCAUGUUCAUGUCUGCAGUAUUACCCAUUAAAAAAAUAAAACCAGCGAAAGUUACAUC